GCCAUCACCCCGCCUCGCAAGAUGCGGACCACAGUUUCCAUCGAGUAGUAGUCAUUGGUUUCGAACGUCUCGAGCCACGUUGUCGUAGCAUGUUCGUACAGGAUAAAGUGACACGAAGGGGGUGCAGAAAUCCUCGUCGGUGCGAAGACUGUACCGACGCAGUUCUGUCGUUGUUGAUCUCUGCUGGUGGUGGUAUUGAUAUCGUGGCUGGAAAGAUGGGGGGAUGUCACCACCUCGUCGUCGACGAAGUGCAGCAAUCGGUGGUCGGAAGAGACUAGCCGAUGUAGGAGCUGGCCAUGCGCGCGUUCAUCCGCGGCGGCGGCAGCCGAGGCCGGACGACACACGAGCACGGGACCCCACUCGAUAUGCGCGCCAUGAAGCACCGCGUCGUUGUCGGCAUGAGUGCCCGGAGCAACAACGACCGAUAGGGGGCCAUAGGUUUGAGUAUCCAUUUGUACGACGAUGGGGGGGUCGGCUGGGGAGGAAACCUCUGGACGGUGGCAAAGAGGUGUAGCCACCGCCGCCGCCUCGUCCUCCUCGCCAUGCAAAACCCGCGCAUCUGACCGCAAACUUGUGGUAUAUGGCAAGCCAACUUGCGUGUCGUCGUGUCCAGCGAUAUGCGAUCCCUCUUUGCCGUUCCCCGAGUCUUUGGCUGGUUUUGGUUUGGCUUUGGCAUACAUGUGUCUGUGCUUGGAUGGACGAGAGGUGGCCACGGGUGUGUCGGGAGGGAUGAAGGCGGUGGCGGCGGCGGCAUGCCCGUCGUGGAUACGAUUGCACACUGCGACAAGGUCCGGUCUUCCGCCAAUCAAACGGCCAGAGGUCACCACCACCCCCUCGUACAUUUGCUGUUGCCACGGCAGAGUCAACCGGGCAUACACGAACGCAAACAGUUCCGACGUGGCAUGUUUCACUACAAAAUCGACGGUUGCAGCCGCCAUCGCUUCGUCCAUCGUCAGCCGUCCAUUGGUCACCACAAGGCGGAUUCCGUCUAGCCAGUUGAGUCCUACGAUCACUUGCACUGGGUUGCAUCCGUCUCGAUCGACCACGUCCACCCAUUUUUUCGGGACGGGUUUAGAGUUGUUGUUGCUCGUGGCGUUGUAAAAGUUCAAGAGCAAGUUGCACACACACUCGUGGCGCAUGGCGCAUGCCAUAUGUAGCAAGGAAUCGCCCGACGAGACUUCGACGUCGUACAUGAGCGCCGUGGCGGCGGGAAGGGCCAGCAACUUGUCUAGCAACGCGACGUGGCCGCCGCCUUGGACGGCCAACGCCAGACACGAAAACGAUAACGUCAGCGAUGACAUGUCCAGCAACGUCAUGGCUAUGGCCACGUGGCCAAUAUAACAUGCCAAGUCGAGCGCCGUCCACUUUUGUGCAUUCACGGCCGUCACACUCAAGUCGUGGUUAUUUGGUUGGGCGAGGAGAAACGUCACGAUUUCCAAAUGUCCCUCACCCACCGCCACAUGCAAGCACGUGUCGCGACGAUCGGUGACCAUACGAAGGGAUAACGCUGGCUUGGUUAAAAGAAGUUGCAGCAUAUUCAACUGGUUCGCUUCGGCGGCAACAUGCAGGGCGGAGCGUCGGCAGU